AUCGGUUACUAUGUGUAUAGUGGCCGGCCCACACAACAACGUGCCCAUUCAGUGACUCGGGCGCACCCGCUCGCUCUGGGAUUAAAAAACACAGCCAGAUUACAGCUGAAUCAGAGCAGGACAACAGAGCAGGGGGCUUGGUGAGUGUACAACAUUGAUUUUCGGCGGAAAAUCACGGAGUUAGGACUUGUGCGGUCUCUGUUUGUGGAGUGAAGGGGGCGCGUUGGUUCCCGGCACUUGUGUGAUGUAGUCUUCGCUCUUCGAGACAACGGGCCGGCGACAGGGUUGGUGAAGAGUACGACUGUCGCUUCUACAACAUCAAUCUGAUGCUGUUGAUGACGUAAGCGUGCGGUGAUGCAGGACAGGAUGAGUUCCAACGGGGUGACGUACCAGCCCCGCCGCCGAGCGGUCCCGACCGUCGCCGACAUCGUCCGAAGAAGCGAGGAGAACCGAAGAUACAACAAAAGGUCCCAGGCGCGUCUUAACAACUCCUUGGAGGGUUCGCACGGACUGGAGGCCGUGAAGGCGUACCAGCUGACCACCAUGACGAAGGAGAAGAAGAGAAUCGAGAGGGAGUUGGAGAAGAUACGGGAAGGAAGGUACAGUCAGCGUGGCCGCGGGUUCGGUACCCAGAUCUCCCUGCGCCAAUCCUCCGGACAGGACGGUGAGAAUGAUCGGGACGUCAGGCGGUCUGGCCUGCCCGCCAUCAGUCCCAGGCGCGGCACAGCUGCUGUUAGUAAGUCGGUAGAACUGCCCUCCUCGCCAACAGACAUUGAAGAAGAACUUGAGAUGUCCAGGAAGUCACGUGAACUGAAGGCCAUCUUGGAAGCCCAGAACAAGAGCCUGCAAGAAAAGGUAAACCAGUUCAUCGGCGUGGACGAGAGGACCAAGAGAAAAGCGCGAGAUUCGCCGAGACUUCCGCGCGGCGAGAACGGGAUGGAGAUCAACAUGGACGAAGUGAAGGAGUCCAUAGCGAAAAGACUCGCUUCAAAGAGCAGCAUUGAAAGUACCGAGGAGCCGCGACUGGACUCGGUUCCCGUGCUACCGGACAUCCAAGACGCGCCCGGCAAGGUGAAUAGUUUAGUAGCACCAGCGUCUCAGAAGAAAAGUGACCUCCAGAGCGUUGAAGACUUCUUAGCCAACCCGGUGUUUAAUCCGGAGUUGUACGCGCCUGACGGUCACGUGAGGACUUUACACACCUUACCUAAUUUUAAAGACUCCUUCGAUGAAGCCAAGAAGGCGAGGUACCUGAGGAUGGGCAAGGGAGAGCUUCUGCCGAGCGAAAUACCGCUCUCUGUCAAUGAGAUCUUUGCUAAAAACGAAGAAAUGGAAGCCAAGGAGUGAGGUCCAGUCUUUCGAACAUGAUUUGUUUUUCAUCCACUACCAGUAUAACUAGUCAUGAUCAAUAUUGAUUGAGCGAAAUAUGGCAUAUGACAGAAAAAUAGGAAGUUAUUAUUGUUACAUUGGUCAGUACUGACGAAAGGGUUCCUUGCAAAUCCUUGUACUUUGAGAAGCUGACCGACAGUGCAGCGCUAGAAAUAGUUCAGUUGUACACCACAAAGCCAUGGUCAUUGAUUAGAACCAGACAUUCCGAACAGAAGCUGACGGCUCCCCAGACGAUAUUUAUUGUGCGUUAAAACUCAGCACUGAAGCCAUGUCGUAAAACGGUUGGUUUGGUUAGCAUUUGUUGGACCACAUUGAUUAUGUGGAUGGCAUCCGCGAGCGAAUUAAUUUUCGUAAGUUUCUAAAAGGAAAACUUUGUGACCAUACGGUAAAUCGUACAAAAGGCAGAAAAUGAGCAAAUACAUGCUGGAAAUCGUAAAACAAUA